CGCGAUCAUGUGACGGCGACGUACUACGGCCGUUCUCCGUUGCUUACGUGAGUUACUUAUCUACCGUCACCAUUGCCAGUGAGAGCGACCGAACGCGCUGUCACCGUGGGUCUCUGUAUACCUUCGACUCGUAGCCCGUUGGUAAAUCUGUUCGACUUUGCUAGCUGUUCACUGAGGUGCAAACUUUGCUCUUCAGCCGAACCACUUGAUUGUGUUUGCACGGUGGCUACCCCAGGCUUCAAGCGGUGACUACAGCAUGCAGUCGCCAGUGGACAGACUUCCGCUCGAACUAGUGGACGAAAUCCUCAAAAGGUUACCCAUUGCCGCGCAUGACCAACUCGAUCAUCCUAGGGGCACCGGAGAUACCUCUGUGCAUCAUGCUGUCCUAGCAAGCUGUGCACGCGUGAGUCGUCUGUUCCACGUAUCGGCCGUGAGGGUCCUUUGGAGAGACCAGCACUUGGGCUGGAUCUGCCGAGCUAUCUUCCGAGACUUCAUUCGCCGCAACGUCAGCCGUUCUGAUCGUCUUGAAGCACGGUUAGCCGCGGUCGGACUGGACGAUGACUCGGAGGAGGAGGGCAACGACACUGCUCACGGUGCCUACUCAACUUUUCCGGAUGCCCAAUACGGAUAUCUACCUAGGCCUAUCUCUGCUGAGGAGUGGGCUCGGUUCGAGCAUUACGCCCCUCAUGUUCACGUUCUACGCUACACGCGGGACGAGACAAUCGACUCUUCCUUCUUCCUUUUAUUACAGCAGUAUGCGCGCAGACAGCCACUUUUCCCAAACCUUCACGAGCUCAUAUGGGAACACGCUACACCGGAGCUCGUGUCGGUCGUCUCACCCUCGAUUCGCAUCAUACGCCUCCCAGAAGACGAGGAAAAUGAGGAAUACGCUGCAGAGGCGCAGGUUAAUGUGUUCCACAUGCGGCGACAUGUGUUCAAGGCGCUCCUGCCAACUGUACUCAAGGGAGUUCCCAGCCUUGAAGUACUCAAGACUCGGACGCUGGGACGCGAGACCUUCUGGUCUCCGCUGCGUGCGCCGUCGGGGGAGUGCUUGCUCAGUCAGAGUAUCCGCGUCCUACACAUCUCCGAAUCGUUCACCACCCUGACGCGAGUCGCCCUCGUUAUCAUCUCUUCCCUCCAACGACUCGUCGAGCUCAGUAUCAAGUGUUCUGGACGGGGCCCCAAGCAUAAUCUAGGAAUGGGUGCUGCCUUGGACCUCUCGGACGUUCGCCCCUUCAACAGACUGGAGCGCCUUCGUAUUAAAGGUUUCGGAAUCGAAGUGACGGCGCUGAUCGAAGCGAUUGUCGCGCCGGUGCUAGAGGACGUGGGGAUAGGAGUGUACACAGAACACCACCAAAAUCAAACCAGGGCCGGGCUUGCCCUCGGCGUGGCCCUCGACACGCUCCGUCGUCGGAACGCAGACACCCUCUGGAGACUCCACCUCGACGUGCGCAGCUGGCCCGUGCCCUUUUUCCCGACGACCACCGAACCGACGUUCGCGCCUAUCGCGCGUCCGCUGUUGGACCUCCGCCACCUGCGUUACGUCAGCAUAUUCAAUGGUGGGAGGGCGGAUGUGAGUGUGCCUGCGUUGGUGGCAGCGUGGCCCGACCUGCGCACGCUCAUCAUGCCGGCACAAGAACCCAGCCCCGACAUGCUCACAGCCAUCGCGCAUACGUGUACGAAGCUCGAGAGUCUGUCCUUCGACUCCCUGGCAAAAGAAUUCCUGGACCUCCCUCCCGUGGCUGCCGAGAACCCCGCUGCAUCCACGGACUCUGACGUGGCGAUCCCUGCCCUUCGGGAGCUGCGCCUCAUCGAGCGCCUCUUUACCAGAGAUUCGCCCGAUGCUAAGCACGAAAAUAUCACUCGUUUCCUCCGCUCGCUGUUCCCUCGGCUUGUGGUCGAGCAGAAGCUGGUGGGGGCGGAUCCGGUGCCUUACACCGACAUGUCGCUUGCGUGGUAUUAUGAAGAUAACCUAUGAUGUGGAGUAUGGACAGCGGCGUUGCAGCCUGUACACCUCUGCACUGUGAGAGUCGCGUGUGGCACUUAUGAUUCGUAGUUGCUCGCGCGGCGCACAACGUUCAUGUCUGGUAGUUCACAUUAUGGGCUCCAUUGUUGAGUUCGAUGGAAAUAAUGGGAUACACGCUUUGGCUUACACCGCCCAAGGUGCAUGCAUGCCUUGACUACGGCAGCACGACACCGUGUGCGCGACG